UUGUUUGUUACACCUUUGACCAUUUAUUGGUAACAUUAACAUUUUAAUUUCUAAUGGAUUAAUGUUACUAUGAUUAAUUAAAAUGUUACCCAUUUAUCUGUCAAAUAAUGCAUUUUGGUGUAUAUUUGUACAUGCAGCUGCCACAGGAGACAUGCCAGCAUAUCAGAUCCGCUCCCCGUCGUCAGGGUUACCACCAGGCGUCGUUAUGGCAGUGUCACCGGGGGCGAUGCAUUGCCCACCGCAGAAUGCAGAGGAGGCCACACGCAAGAGAGAAGUCCGCCUCAUGAAGAACAGGGAGGCGGCGCGCGAGUGUCGCAAAAAGAAGAAAGAAUACGUGAAGUGCUUGGAGAAUCGUGUCGCUGUGCUGGAAAACCAGAACAAGACUCUCAUAGAGGAGCUUAAAGCUCUCAAAGACAUCUACUGCCACAAACAAGAAUAACCCUCACAAACACUGCGCAAGGACUGUGUGAUUCACACACUACCUGUCUCUUCUCUUCUUCUGUUGCAUUGCCUGGAUUUUAGCGUUUUUUGUUCAUUUGCUUGACCAAAUGUUUUUAUAAGUUGCUAAUGUUGCUUUGAGGACGCUCCUCACACACACACAAACUAUUUCAGACAUCUGUUAUCGCUGUUCUCUGUGUAAAAAAAA